CAACCGUCAGAAAAUGAGUGUGAAAGAUAUUUACUACUCGGAUAAAUACUACGACGACGAGUAUGAGUACAGACAUGUCGUCCUACCGAAGGAUAUUGCCAAACUAGUGCCAAAAACCCACCUAAUGACCGAAAACGAAUGGAGAUCAAUCGGUGUGCAGCAGUCCCGCGGCUGGAUCCACUAUAUGAUCCACCAGCCCGAACCACACAUCCUGCUGUUCCGACGACCCAUCACGAAGGUUGAGUAACUCUAGAAUAUCAGGUUAGAAUAGAA